AUGAUAACCGAAAAAAUAACACGACAGAACCGGCAGUGCGUGCCCCUUCAUGGCAUUUGUGGCUUUGCGCCUGGCCGGAUCCCCGCCUACAGCAACGGCUCCGAUAGCAUCUUUACAAGCGAGCGACAUUAUGUGCAGCAUUACUUUAUGGGUUAUAAGUGGCAGUGUGUGGAAUUUGUUAGACGUUGGUUGUUUUACCGCAAGGGUUUGGCGUUGCCGCAGUAUGAUUUUGCCGCCCAAUUGAUCCAUCUACGGGAGGUGCAGGACGUGUGCACGGGCACUGCGGUGCCGUGUCAAUUCAUUCCGCAGGGCUCAGAGGAACCCCCGGUGGCCGACAGCCUGAUUGUUUACCCGGGUUCGAGGAAAAACAUUGUGGGUCACGUGGGCCUCAUCACACACGUUACAUCGACGAAUGUAUAUGUAGCCGAUCAAAACCGCUUUUUUCAUGAUUGGGGCGAGGACACGUUUUCAGCUGAGUUUCCGCUGGAAUGUGUUGAUGGUCGGUAUUAUAUCCGUGACCCCGAUGUCGAGUGCCGUGGGUGGAUCGUCUUCCCGGGUCGACCCAACCGUUUGGAUGGGGAGCCACCUCUGGUGUCGCCGCAAAUUUCUGGUCCACCGUCGCUUCCACGCUGUCGACGCAUCAAGUAUGUGGCACAGCAGUUGUGGUCAUGGUUUACGGGACGUGAGACGCUCACAUUCCGUCCACUGUAA